GUCGAGGUCAUCGGAACACCAAUCUUCCAUCUCAAACAUGAUUGCACGCUUCCUCUCAAAGAAAAAGACAACCCCAAAGCGAAGAGAUGAGCAAGAAGAGGAAGAGCAAGACACUAGACCGCAACUCAUCCACGCACCCGUUCCCCUUGUCCUCCCCGAACACCAAGACACCUUACUGAAACUUGGGUGGACCACAAUCACAUUCCCAAAAACUUCACCAACAACUCAAUCCCCAGACUCACUCUCCAGCAUCCCACCACCAGGGCCACACCCGCUCCAAACCGCCUACCAAGACCUCUUUUCUGCCGGCCAAGCUUUCUUCAACCUUCCCGACUCUGAGAAGCACCAAUGGAAACACCGUCUUGGCUCUGAAGAAGGAUGGUCGAAGAUCCCCGGCGAAAAAGAAUUCAUCACCCUCCGGUCGCUUGCAUAUUGUCCCGAUAUCUUACGCGCACCUGCGCGACGGUACUGGGAACUUAUCGGACAACACUGUUCGAGUGCCCUAGGUCGCAUAUCCACGGCACUUGCGCUUCCUGAUGGCGAACAUGAGGGUCUGCGUCAAUUCGUGGGGCCUUGUGCGCGGAUGCCUGUGGACGAAGAGGGCAAGACGGCGACGAUGUUGAGGUUGUUUAGGUAUGAAGGGUGGGAGGAGAAAGUUGUUGCGGAGGCACAUGCGGAUUUGGGAUUGAUCAGCGUGGUUGUGGGUGAUACGCCCGGUCUAGAAGUUUGGGAUGGAUCUGACUGGUUUGAUGUGGAGAGGGAAGUCGAAAGGAAAGAGGAAAAGGGAGCAACGAUGCUGGUUGGACGCCAGUUGGAGAGGUUGACGAAUGAGAGGUUGAGGGCGGGUGGGCAUAGGGUGGUUGCGUAUGGAGGACCCCGGGAGAUGUCUUCUGGGGAUGGUGUAGAUGGUGUGACGAAGAGGUACCGGCACUCAAUUGUUUUUGUGCUACGCGCUCAUGAGAGUACACUAAUCGAUUCGGAUACGCUUGAGACUCGUAUUACGGGGAGGUGGAGCCAGCCGAUGAAGGGGGUUACUGCGGGUGCGCUGUAUGAGAUGAUCAGGAGUCAGUGCUUCAAUAUUAAUGUAAAUAAAGAGGAGAGAGAGGCACAGAGAAGAAAUCUGGCUGACGCGAAAGGGAUGCAGUGAGGCAAGGUGUUUGGAGUUUCCAGACAGUUGUUUUGAUGUUUUCUAUUAGUAUUGUUUUGACUUCACGUCGAAGUU